CUUGGUUAUUUACCUACCGUCACCGAAAUGGAUAACAAAUUAAUAAAACUUUUAUUGUUCUCUCUCAAUAAUUUCGAAACUCAUUAUGAUAUUUUUUAUGUUUUGGCGGCGGUUGUGUAUUGCUUGUAUUAGGCUGCCCGCCUAUAUCCAUGAAUUGUUAUCAAUAAAAUAAAUAUUAUUAUUGGAAUAACACUGCGCUACGCAAUCGGAAGUGACCUGAGGAGGCUGGUUGCUGCAAGUCGUACAAUCAUCGGUUGCUAGUCGCCCCGGCAUGCUGCAUUGUGCCAUUUAGAUAUACACGUUGUAUUUUGAUUUUCGUCGUAAUUUACGAUGUUUUGAAACAAGUAGCUGCGAGGCAGUGGGUGACAUCGUCGGCAUGCUGCACAUGCCCAUAUUAGAAAGGAGGUUAAUAUAUAGAAAUGUCAAUUUUGAAAAGUUUUUUAUUUGUCGAUUCAAUAUAAUCGCUAUAUUUAUCUGGAAAUUUCUACCUUAUUCCUUUUCGAAUAUCUCGCAAAACCACAUUUCAAAGAAAUGUAUCCCAAGUUACAGCUUCCUACCUACGAAUGUAAUUUUAUAUUUAUCAAUCACAGAAAGAGAAGCAUAAAUAAUCAAAAAUACUGACUUUUAACGUGAACAUCGCUAUAAACCAAAAAUACGUUUCGUUUCGCUUUCAUUAGCACAUCGCUUACGACAAACGAAGAGCGAAUCGAAUGAAGAAAUUAUAGAAGAUUUAACUCGAUCGCUAAAAGAUGCCUUACAAAGUGAAGAAAAGGUGACAAAAGAGGGAGCAGAAUUGGUAGAUAAAGAUUUCAUAAUAGAAGAAGACCGUAACGCGGAAUCUAUGCCUCCAGUCGAUGUACAAGCUACUUUCGAUAUUUCACAUGACACAGAAAGAGAUUUUGAAACAAUUGAAUUGAAUGAUGAUGAACAACAAGACAUAAGUCAAGGCAGCAAAGUUGAUGAUAAAGAUGCAGAUGACGAUGCAGACAGUAUAGACGAAACACAGCUCAAGGAUGAGGAGAUGCACCUGACCGAUGACCAGAAAGCUGAAAGGAAGAUCAUCGCUGAGGAGUUGAAGGUGGCUGGCAACAAUGCCUUCAAAGAUGGCGAAUAUGAACGGAGUGCGGAGAAAUAUACAGAAGGAUUGAAAAUGUGCCCCCUUCAGUUUACACAGCAGCGUGCUAUCCUCUACUGCAACAGGAGUGCAGCCAAAAUGAAAAUGGAGAAAUAUAAGCAAGCCAUAAGAGAUUGCACGAAAGCCAUAGAACUCGAUGACAGAUAUCUGAAAGCUUACAACAGGCGAGCGCUGUCGUACGAAGCCACAGAGAAACUAGACGAGAGCCUCGCAGACUACAAGAAGAUUCUAGAACUAGACCCUUCGCACCAGGAAGCGAGAAAGGCCACACAUCGCUUGCCUCCCCUUAUAGAGGAGAAAAACGAAAAACUUAAGACGGAAAUGCUGGGAAAACUGAAAGACUUAGGCAACAUGAUACUGAAGCCAUUCGGCCUGUCCACAGAGAACUUCCAGCUACAGCAAGACCCGGAGACCAAAGGAUACAAAAUAAAUUUUAAACAGUAAAAUUGGCUAUUAUCAUUUAUAAGAAAGGACUUUAUAAAUUUAAUUGGAGCAAUUAUGAAGUGUUUUCUUUUUGGGCCCACGUGUUGAUACUUCGGACUAGGUAAGGUUAGUGUUGUGGCCAUAAUGCGCGAGCUAAGCGAGCGGAGCGAGCGGUAACGGCCGGCGAAGCACCUGAAAAAACAUCGUUAGAGACCUUUCCAAAAAAAUUUGUGAAGUGUCACCGCUUGUGCCCAGAAAGUACACUGCCGUUAUACGAAAAUGGGGCACACAUUUUUUUUUGACUAGACAUAUUCGGAAUCAGGAUAAAAGGCCUAUCUGCCUAUUUUUUUUUUGUAGAUUUUUUAAUAACUAGAUUAACUGAGAUCUGGGCCCCACGAGAAGCGUAGAUAUUAUGUCGGCUUCGAGAUAAUAUCAAAAGUGAAAUAAUGAUGGCAUAGAAGGCUAAUCUUGUGGAUUUUCGAUAUUCCAAUGAUAUUAUAUCCAUCGUAGACAUUUGUUCACUCACGAAUGCGUUUCGUUUUUCUCGAUUAAGUUAACAUCACAGUCGAUACAACAUUAUAAUAAAGCAGUAUUU